AUGGGUGAUCAAUUAAAACGCCUUGAAGCUCUGGCAGAUCGACUUGAAGCAAUUGCUAAUAAACUUUCGUCGUCGUCUUCGCUUAAUCGAGCAAGUGCAGCGGAUGAUUCAACAAGCAAUAUCGAUCAUCUACCAAUCAUUCGUGAUUAUGAGACAUUAAUUAAUGUGUCGAUUCAGCCAUUUGUUGUUCUUUCACAAAAGAUUGGCGGGGAUUUAACAGCACUGAGUAAUCAUGUUUUACGUCUUUUUAAUGCUCAACAACAGUUCAUACGAGAAGCAAUACAAUCUAAAAAACCAAAUGAGAAACAAUUGAUGGAUGCAAUCAAACCACAAUCGCUGGAAAUAGAAGCUAUUUUGGGAUUCGCAAAUAAAAAUCGUAAAUCGCCAUUCUUCAAUCAUCUCUCAACAGUAUCCGAAGGUAUACCAGCACUCAGUUGGAUUCUUGUUACACCAACGCCUGGUCCACAUAUCAAAGAUAUGUCAGAUGCUGCACAAUUCUAUUCAAAUCGUGUUUUGAAAGAAUUCCGAGAGAAAGAUCCUGCUCAUGUCGAAUGGGUUAAACUAUGGAUUAAAGCAUUAAAUGAACUCUAUACUUACGUUCGACAAUAUCAUACGACUGGUUUAGCAUGGGCUUCACAAAGUUCGCGGGAUUUCAAUUUUGUAAGUAAGCCUACAACCAAACCCGCUGCCGCUGGUGGUGGUGGUCCUCCACCUCCACCACCACCACCACCACCACCAAUGACAUUCGAUACAAACGUUGAUGACUCUACUGAUGAUAGUAGAAAUCAACUAAUGAGUUCGAUUAAUGCCUUAGGUGAAGGUGUGACAAGUCAUUUAAAAAAGGUACCUGACCAACUUAAAACACAUAAAAAUCCAGAAUUAAGACAACAACCAGAUAAUCAGAAGUCUUCCCAUGGAAAACCUGUUGUACCAUCGAAAGCUGGAAAAACUACAUCGCCAUCAACAACUAAUACAGCAACAACGGGACCACCGAAAUUAGUUCUUGAUGGUAAUAAAUGGCUAGUUGAAUAUCAAGCAGGCAAAUCUGAUCUUCGAAUAACUGACACAAAUAUGAGACAUAGUAUUUACGUAUACAAAUGUACGAAUUCAACAAUAGUUGUCGAAGGCAAAGUGAACUCGAUAACACUUGAUCAAUGUACAAAAGUUGGUCUACAAUUUACAUCGGUUGUUUCGUUAGUUGAAUUUAUUAAUUGUAAAAGUAUGAAAGCCCAAGCUAUUGAACAUGUACCAACAGUACUUAUCGAAAAAACCGAUGGUUGCCAUAUAUAUUUAUCUAAAGCAUCGCUCAGUACAGAAUUUAUAACAUCAAAAUCAUCGGAAAUGAGUGUUAAUAUUCCAUCUGUCGAUGAUGAAUACAAAGAAUAUCCAAUUCCGGAACAAUUUAAAACGUCUAUUAAAAAUGGAACACAACUUGUCACUAUACCAAAUGAAUCCGCUGGUGUUUAA